UUCAUAAAGCUGCAACAGGGCAGUUUUUCAAUCUCUGCGCGGCCCUGCUCUCCUCUCGAACUGUCCGCCGCUCAGCGCCCCCCCUGCCGAGACUCUGCUAUAAAGUUCGUGGCUCUUUCCCAAUCUUCUGAAAACUAGGAGGGGGAAAAAAAACACGUUUUCGGGGAGGAAAAAAAAGGCGCUGCGAACGCCAAACAACAAUUUAGCGUAGAGGAGUAAGCCUGCGGCCUAUUUUACCGGCACACUAAGUUGCAAAUCCUAUUACUCUUUGCUCUAAGAUGGGGAGGGAAAAGACACAGUGGCGUGCAUCUGUGGGCUGUCUUCUCUUCAUGUUUGUGCUUUGCGAUGCGCUGGAAUUCUUGUCGCAGAGAAGGGCUUCCCAGUUCCUGACGCGAGAACGGCGGGCCAACUAUAUGCUUGAGGAAAGCAAGAAGGGGAAUCUGGAGAGGGAGUGCAUCGAGGAGGUCUGCGACAGGGAAGAGGCCAGGGAAAUCUUUGAAAAUGACCCUGAAACAGAGUAUUUUAUUCCCCGAUAUGUUGGCUGCCUGGGCUUGUACCGUGUAGGAGUCCCCAGCAGUCACCCUGGCAGCGUGGAGGCGCCGUCUGACCUCCGAAUGUGCGUGACAGAGAUCAGUGACCAGUGCAGCCCCUUGCCCUGUAACAAGGAGGGCUAUGACAAGUGCGUUGAUGGAAAGGCCUCCUACCAUUGUGUCUGCAAGCCGGGGUGGAUGGGAGAGAACUGCGAUGAAGAUGUCAAUGAAUGUGAGGACCCGGAUUUCCUUGCUGGGUGCAACCAGAAAUGUUUCAAUUUCCCCGGCAGUUUCCGCUGCCUCUGUGAUGAUGGCUACAUCCUGUUACCUGACAAGAUCACUUGCAAGGAUAUUAACGAGUGCAUACUGUACCCCAGUAUCUGUGGGCCAGCCCAGUGUGUGAACGUACCAGGAAUAUACGAGUGCAAAUGUCCUGAAGGAUUCAAGUACAACUACUCGUCAAAAUCCUGCAUUGAUAUAGAUGAGUGCACAGAGCACGUGUGUGAAGGGCUCUGUGUGAACACUGUGGGAAGUUUCUCCUGUUACUGUGAUGGGCGAGCAGGGCUGGUUCUGUCUGCCGACAAGAAGUCCUGUAAGAAAAUAACCAGGUGUUUUAAUCUGAAUGACUACAAGAGCGCAGAGAUGCUGUAUCUAGGGGAGCAGUUUGUGGGCUCACCUGUACUUUAUCUGCGUUUCAGACUGCCUGAAAACACAAAUUGCCUCAUCAUUACUUUGUUUGCUGCAAAAAAGCACACGUCUCUGCAGACUGGUCAGUUUCAUGUUGCCUUGCGGAUCUCCUUGGAAGAGCUGGAGAGGAGCAUCACUGUGAAGAUCAGCAAGGAAGCUGUGAUGAACAUCAACAGUCCCCAAAGUCUUUUCCCAUCGGUCAGUGGGAUUCUGGAAACCAAAUUUUAUAUUGCAGGGCUGCCCUCGAAGUCUGACAGCCUCAUCAGACCAAUUAACCCUCGACUGGAUGGUUGUAUCCGGGCCUGGAAUUUCAUGGACCAGGGGGCAUCAGGGGUGAGAGAGGUGAUCCAGGAGAAGGGGAGUAAACACUGCUUUGUGGAGGUGGAGAGAGGCUCCUACUUCCCUGGCUCUGGGCUGGCUCAGUUUGACAUAGACUACAGCAGUAGCAUGAACAUGAAAAACUGGACAUUGAAUUUGAGUCUGAACAUCCGCCCUUCAAGUAGCACUGGUGUGUUGUUUUCCCUGGUCAGUAACAACACCGUGCCUCUCUCUGUGGCGGUGAUGUCCACCUCUCCUGAUGACGAGGACAUAUCCGUCUUCAUUGAGGACGUGCUGGUGGCCAGCGUGCGGCCCAGUAUGCUGUGCUUCCGGAGCCGCCUGGCGCUGGAGGUGGAGCUGUCCAGCUGGGGGGUCAGGGCCUCCUUGAAUUCCAGCGUCUCGGAGCACUACGCUGAGCAGGCCGUCCUGCAGAAGCAGCUGUCUGUGCUGUCCGCAGCCCUGCAGGGGCGCGUCGACACCUACGUCGGGGGUGUCCAAGGUGUUCCUCUUUCAGCAACGCCUGUUACUGCCUUUUAUAAUGGCUGCAUGGAAAUAGUGGUCAACAACAGACAGUUGGAUUUUGAUGAAGCCAUCAGCAAACACAGCGGCAUCACAUCCCACUCCUGCCCUCCAGUCUGAAGGAUACUGGUGCGAUUCUGCUUUUGCAUUUUACGUCGUAGGUCAAUUCUUAAAUUCCACCCGUGUUCGAUUCCUGAUGUAAAAUAUUGUAUAUCCCCGAAAACCCAUGUUUAAAUCCGUACAGUGGUUGUAAAAAGAAGAAUGAAAAUUUCCUGAAAUUAUCAAUUUUUUUAUACCUUUAAUAGAUUUGGCUUGGUUCUAUGCAAUAGAGAUUACAGAUGCUCCUGCCUGCUGUAGGUGUUUACAUUGUACUGUAUGUAUACAAGACAUUAAUAUACAUCUUCUCAUACACAGUGCUAUAGUACGUACUGUACGCUCUUAUCAAGCUUAAAAAACUGUAUUGUGUACAGUACUUUGGUUUAGCAAACGCAUUGAGUCAACGUAUUAAAAAUUAAGGCAGACCUGAAUUUAAUGGUAAAAUGUCUUCCAUUAGAAAAAAAAAACAAUUUCUGACUGACACAUGAUUUAGAAGCUAGCACCUCACAUUCCCACUGCUGGUCAUGUGCAAAUCAAACCGUGUAAAACACAAAUAUUUUGUAUAGUUUUGUAAGAUUUAAACACGGUCAAAAACAGCGUUAAAGGAAAAUUCGCCAGAAGUACAUUUGGAAAUUUGUUUCUGCAUUUUAAGAGUGAACUAGACAUACUGUUUUUGAAAAUGUUUAAAAGUUGUUCUUGCUUAUUACUGUAUUUUUUAGCAUCUUUGUUAAAAUCUGCAUAAAAACCUUUGUACAUUUUUUAAAAAUCCAUAUAGGUACAAUUAUACUUGUUAUUGAAUUGUUGAAACCACAUUCUCAUAUUGUGAUUUGGGGAAAUAUAAAAAGCUUUAUUCCUUUUCUUACCCCUCCUGCAUUACAAAUAGUAAUCGCAUUACAAUGCUGAGCAAAUAUAAAGCUCUUGUAUAACAAAUCCAUAUCUGUGCUACAGUACUUACACAUGACUUUUGCAAAAGCCAGAAAUAGAAAAUAAAUACUGUAAAUGAAGCUUGAACCUGAGAAAUAAAUCACACUGUAAAAUAAAUAACACAUGUAGAAUACUGCCAAAAUUCCAUCUCAUGGUGGAGUGGCAAAGCAAUAUUCUGAGACAUAUAAACAAGGAAUAAAAUGGUUACAGAAAACUAGAAGGUAAACAUAAGUGAAAGAUACAUUCUGUGAUUUUCUAUCUGCAAUUUUCAAACUUUAAAUGACUUUAAAUGUACAUACCAUAGUGUGGUUAAAAUAAGAUCACAGUAUUAUAGUCAUGAGUCUCUGCCUAUUUUAUUCAUGGGUUUUAAUCACAAGUGGAAGAUUUGUCAUUUGAUUGCUGUGGUCGACCGUUGAUUAAUGGAAAAUUAGCUGUAAUGUUGCGAUUACCUGCACCUUUCUGAAUUUGACUGGAUAAGAUGUUGCAACUAAUGAAAGAGGGUUCCUAUAGAUUGCUGUGCCCUGGAUAUCUCGCAGCUUGCAAUGAUAUACUGAUACAGGAAGUCUCCAGAUAAUCAGAUCAACAAUCUUCAGAAGUAUGUUAGGAGGGUACAGCUUCUGGGACGUUCGAUCUGCCUUUGACAUAACACUGAAUAUAUACAGUAUAUACAUGUUGACAUAUUACGCAGUGAGUUCAUUUAAGUCCAAAGUACUGUAGCUUAUGUCCUUAAGGGUGGUUCAGCUUUACUGCACCAUGAAUAGUCUAGAUCACUUGUAACAUAAAAAUCUCACACGUCUAGAGCAAUUCCAGAGGUAUUUUGUUUGUAUAAAUGUAUAUUUCAUAAUUCAGUCCAAUAAAAUGUUUUUUUUUUCACAAUUUGUUUCUUUUCAUCCGUUGUUGUAGCAUUGCAUACUGUACUUGUAAGCUGCAAGUAUUGUUUUGUAAUAACUUUGUGUAUAUAAAAGUGUCAAAGACGCUG